UAUAAACAGGAAACACGUGAAAUGAGUUCACAAGGGGAUGAAGACAAGGACCAGACUGGUCGCAGACUAUUAGCGCAGUUUAAGAGUGAAAAUGGUGAAGUGACAGGCAGUGCAUUCGAUCUGCCAGUGGACAUCACAGUUGACAAAUUACAGCUCAUCUGCAAUGCCCUCCUGCAAAAGGAAGAAAAGGUUCCAUAUUCCUUCUUUGUGGAAGACAAGGAAAUAACCGAAAGCCUUGAGAAGACAUUGGACGAGAAGAGACUUGAGAGUUCAGAGGAUGUGUUGGACAUCGUCUACCAACCACAGGCUGUGUUCCGGGUGAGGGCAGUGACCAGAUGUACUAGUUCCAUACCAGGCCACGCUGAGGCUGUCAUCGCUGCACAGUUUAGUCCUGAUGGCAGGUAUUUAGCAAGUGGUUCAGGUGAUACAACAGUUCGGUUCUGGGAUGUGAACACAGAGACCCCUCAGUACACAUGUACCACACAUAAACACUGGGUGCUGGCUAUUGCAUGGUCACCAGAUGGGAAAAAAUUGGCGUCAGGAUGUAAAAAUAGCCAGGUAUGUGUGUGGGAGCCGUCCACAGGGAAACAGAUAGGGAAGACCAUGGUACAACACAAACAGUGGAUCACCUGGUUGGCAUGGAAACCACUGCAUCUAGAUCCAGAGUGUAGAUAUUUAGCCAGUUCAUCAAAAGAUGCUACAGUGCGUAUAUGGGAUACGACAUUAUCGCAGUGUAUGGUGUGUAUAUCGGGACACCUACAGAGUGUGACAUGCGUGAAAUGGGGAGGUACAGACCUGAUCUACACCGCAUCACAGGACAGAACCGUCAAAGUCUGGAAGGGAGACAAUGGCAUGUUGUGUAGAACACUGCAGGGCCAUGGACACUGGGUGAACAUUCUGGCCUUGAGCACAGACUACGUGAUGAGAACAGGAGCCUUCGAUCCUCGCAAGGCAGAGAUUGUGUACAGAGAACAAACACUCUCAGGACCUGAACUACAACAAAAAGCAAAAGAGAGAUAUGAUGAAGCAGUUAGUAUAGGUGGUGAGAAGCUGGUUUCUGGCUCGGAUGACUUCACUCUGUACAUGUGGACUCCAGAGACAGAGACGAAGCCGUUGGCCCGCCUUACAGGGCACAUGCAACUCAUCAAUGAUGUCCGCUUCUCUCCAGACACAAGACUUCUUGCUAGCGCAUCAUUUGACAAGUCUGUGAAGCUCUGGGAUGGUAAAACUGGCAAAUUCAUCACCACCCUACGAGGCCAUGUGAGUCGUGUGUACCAGGUUUCCUGGUCUGCAGACAGUCGCCUGCUUUGUAGCGGGAGUUCUGACUCCACACUCAAGGUCUGGGACUUGAAGACAAAAAAACUCCUGCACGACCUCCCAGGGCACGCAGAUGAGGUGUACACGGUUGAUUGGAGUCCAGAUGGUCAGCGAGUGGUCAGCGGGGGCAAGGACAAGGUCCUCAAAAUUUGGAGAAAAUAAGAGUAGCUUGCAGCUUGACUUGUUGAAGAUUGUUGUGUAUUAUUUUGAAUAAAACAAUCAAUGCAAUG